UACAGACCGUUUGACCAUGUAAUUGAUAACUAUAAAUUUUCUAGACAAUUACGCUUAAGAGAACAUUUUGAUAAUACGGUGGGGACAAAGCGGCUCUCAACUAAUAUGGAACUUUUUCCUGAUAUUGUGGACACUGUAACUAAUACAAAUAUGACUGAAAUGAGUGAGGUAGAUGUACCUAAUGUUAUACCUAAGGAUACUUUUAAGAACAAGAGUAUGUUUGACCCAAACAGUACCAACGCUUCGAUUAAAUCUUUUAAUCGUAUGCUCGAUAUUGAUAUGGCAGCAUGGUAUAAAACAGGGGACAGGCGAAGGGGCAAUUUACCAUCAGACCAGAGAAAUGCACUCCGUGAUUUAAAAAAAAAUUGGAAAUAUUAUCAUUAGAAAAGCAGAUAAAGGUGGAGGAGUGGUGCUUAUGGAUUAUUAUGAUUAUAAAAAGGAAUUGUUGUCGCAAUUGAGUAACACUGAUAAUUAUGUAAAAUUGACAUAUGAUCCAACAGACACCUUCCACAAUGAAUUAAAAAUUUUGCUUGAUAACGGAGCAAAAAGUGGUAUGAUUUCUAAAAGCAUGAUGGAAUAUUUUUUGCCUAAAUACCCUGUCAGACCUGUUAUAUACACUCUGCCAAAAAUACAUAAAAGCCUCAUUAAUCCACCAGGGCGUCCAAUUAUUUCAUCUAAUGGUUCAUUGAAUGAAAGGAUCGCUGAGUUUGUAGAUUACCUUUUACAACCUUGUGUACAACAAAUGGGAAGUUACCUUAAGGAUACUAAUGAUUUUUUAAAGGUUAUCAGGAGCAUUGAUUUACCCAUGGCAAAUUUUAUUCUAGUCACCAUGGAUGUGAAUAGUCUUUACACGUGCAUCCCACAUGAGGGGGGGAAUUGAAGCAGUACGCAAGAUGGUCACAGAUAAUCAGAACUAUACAGGACCCCCAUGUGAAUUUUUACUGUCCCUAUUGCGAUUCAUUCUGUAUAAGAAUUACUUCAAAUUUGAAAAACAGUAUUUUUUACAACGCACCAGGACAGCAAUGGGAAGUAAAGUAGCACCUGCUUAUGCCAAUUCCUAUAUGCAUGUAUACGAAAAUGAGUGUAUACUGAGCCAUCCAGCAUUUAGACAAUAUGGCGCCUUCUAUAGGCGCUAUAUUGAUGAUAUCUUCUAUAUAUGGUCGGGCCCCACAAUAGAAUUGGAGAAAAUGGUGGACCAGUUGAACACAAUGGAAACGCCUAUUAGAUUCACUCUAAAAUAUAAUACCAGCAGUAUGGAAUUUUUGGAUGUUAGAAUCUACAAAGGUGAGACUAAACUGGAGACUUGCAUAUAUGUCAAGCCAACUGAUAGAAAUACCCUCUUACAUUAUCAGAGCUGUCACCCGAGACAUUUAUUAGAAUCCUUGCCCAAAUCACAAAUGCUUCGAGUAAUACGUAUUACUAGUGAAGAAUAUAAACGGGUAGAGGACCUUGAAUUAAUGUCUAAAAGAUUCCUAGAGAGGGGUUAUCCUACAAAACUCAUAGAGGAUACAAAAAAAUGGGCCUUAAGCCUUAACCAAGAUGAGAGUGGGGCACUGCAAAAUGUGGCCAAUAUCCCUUCAGGUGCUAAACAACAACAAAAAAAUGCUAUGUACUAUGUAAGCAAAUAUGGAGAAGGUUCAGAUCACAUGCGAAAAUGUGUACUUAAGCACCGGCCACUAGUAGCUAGUGAUGAGAGGGUCUCCAAGAAAUUGCCACCAAAACCAAGGUUUAGCUACCAGAGAGGGAAAUCUUUAAAAGAUAUCCUCAGUCCAUCUGAUCCUGUUGAUAAAUAUAUAGGCUCCCCUGUGCAGCAUUUUUUGUCCCAGCGUCCUGGUGUGUUUAAAUGUAAUGGCUGUGUGAUGUGUAGCAGCCUAAUAUUAGGAAGUCAUUUUUUACAUCCCAGGACAGGCAAAAAGUAUGAAAUAAAGCAAAGGAUGACAUGCACAACUACUAUGGUGGUCUAUAUUAUCAAAUGUCCGUGUGGAUUGAUUUAUUGUGGAAAAACCAUUAGAAUGCUCAAAGAGAGGAUUGGAAUGCACCGGGCCAGCAUCAGGGCUGCACUAGAUCCUGAUAGGGAAGAAAAGGCUAAAAAUAAAAAGCAAGAUAUCUCCCAACAACUGGUAGCCAAACAUUGGGCAGAGGCCAAACACAGUCCGGCCGCCUUCAGAUGUAUGCCCAUUGAGAAAGUACCAGUAAGGACAAGGGGUGGAGAUUCCGAUAAUGCAUUAUUGAGGAAAGAGGCUUUUUGGAUACAUGAGCUCGAUUGUGUAAGUCCGAAAGGACUCAACGGACAGUUGGUAUUGAGCUGCUUUCUAACCUGAUAGGGAACUCAUUGGCAAUGAUUAACCCAGACAGAGAUGAGUGGAAAACUGAUUAUUUUUGAAAAUAGUUUAUUGUGCCUAUGAUAAAGGUGAACAGAAAAACAUAUUGAUACAUUAACAGUAUAUUUGGAUAACAUUGAAAUGUUUUCUGUCAAGGGUUAACUAAGUAUCUAUUCUUGUAUAAAUUUGCAGGCUUAUGGACACAUUUGAUUGAUUAAAUGGACACUUUUCUUGUGACAUCACUGUGAGCACUUGAAGCACAACUAUGACACCUAGUGGUGAAUUGGAGAGGAGGAGACUGUCAGCACUGAAAGUACGACAAGGAUAUCAGAAGAUACCAGUGAUGGGGAUAGUAUACAUGCAAAUGGGAUACCCGGAACUCCUAUAUCUAUGGCCUACACCCCAUCCUUACCCGA